AUGCGAGCGCCUGUCCAGUCCGAUACCUCCAGAUCGACACAGUCCAAACGAUCAAUAGGUACCCUGUACGCCAAUCAAUCACCCACAAGCAAAAGCAACUGCAGCAGUAGCGGCCUCACUAGAGCGAUGAGUGACGUUGGUGUUGAUGUUGACACUGGCGACCUUAACACGCCGCCCGUCACUAUAGUCGGCUUUUCAGAUUUCGUGGCAAGUCAGCCUGGUGUACUUGAAGAGCAAGAUAAGGUCGACACGUCUCCCCUGGCUGGGAAACGCCCUCCUAGUACUCAUGGAAACAAGGGAAGUGGAGUGAAUAAGGUUUCGCGCGAUGAAAUGUGGCAGGUCAUUACAACAACAACGAAAGCCGCGAUAGGAAUUCUGCACAAAACAGAAUUGGAGGGAACUAAGUUUGCGUAUCUGGCGAACAUAUUUAACGCUCCAGUCCUAGGCCUUAAGGCCCCUAACCUCAGGGAGUAUCCAAACCUAACCACUGUGGUUAGGGUCGAGGCGGGAGACACAUAUGACCAAGCCCUCAAGAUACACAAUGCUGGCAGCACCAUCGAUCUAAUGCCAGUAUGUGUUCUUAGCUUUGCCAAUGGUGAAAUGCCCGGUGGGGGCUGGCUCAACGGUGCUCGAGCCCAGGAGGAACAGCUCUGCUACCGAAGCACACUCGUUUACACUCUCCACCCUCGGUUCUACCCAAUGCAAGAUCAUGAGUGCGUCUAUUCACCCAAUGUGAUCAUUUUCAGAGAUAGCGCGGAUACCGGAUAUAGCUUCAUGUCGGCGGAUGACAAGCUACACAUGAACCCAACUGUCAGUGUUGUCAGCAUGGCAGCGCGAAGCAGACCUCAAUUGACCGCCGACCAAUCCACGUACAAGGACGUGGCACAGCGAUAUCUUAUGAAAGCGAAGAUGCAAUUGAUUCUACGCACGGCAGCACACAACAAUCACCGCCGCUUGGUUCUCGGCGCCCUUGGUUGUGGCGCGUUUCGUCAUCCCCCUCAGGAGGUAGCCGACUGCUGGAAAGAAGUUCUCAUGGAUGGAGAAUUCAGUGGAUGGUUUGAGUUGAUUCACUUUGCAAUCAGAGACUCAAACGCUGAGAAUAAUCUUGCAAUUUUCACAGAGACAUUGGAUGGUUUGAACAUGGGAUAG